AUGUCUGAAACCGGUUCAUUUUCACAAUCCGUCCGUACAAUUAGUGUUGGUUCCGAAACUUCUUCUACGAAUGAAAUAUUAUCAGUGUCCACAUCACCUCCAUCAUCAUCAUUCUUUGCUAGUUGGGGAGUCCAAUAUAAAACAAUUCGUGACCCUAAAUCGAAAGGUAUUUGGGAUGGAUAUGAAACGCAAGAAGAUUUUAUGGCGAUGCAUAUUCGUUAA